UCUGAGGAUCGAUAAGCAUUUGAAAUGCACAUGCAACCCUGCUAACUACAGCCAUCAUCCUUUUGCGAAUUGUUUAUUGCAAGUUUCGAAUAUUCGCGCCUGUAAAUUAUCCAUACUUGUGCGUGAAUCCGCAAGAAGUUUUUUAUUUGUGAAACGCCUGUGUAAAAAAGAUUUGGCUAGAAUUUAGUAUAGUGCCGAUCGCUUUGGAAAAAACGGCAUCCGGCAACACCAUACUGUUGUAAUUCCAAUCUUCUUCUUGUUCGCGCUUAAAAUUGGAAUGUGAUUGCAUAGGCAAAUGAAUUUGCAUUUAAUUUUAAUAGAUAUAAUUAGAAUAUUAGCAUAAAAAUCGGUACAAACACGCGUGUGAGUGUAUAUUUGGUGAUUUAUAGUGAAAUGUUAAAAAAUAUAGAGUGUAAUGUGGCAAAUUAUACUGAUGUUCCCAAGGGCAUUUUGAAUGUAAAUAAUUAAAAAAAUAUUAUUUCCCGAUUAAUUUAAAGUUAUAAAGAGUGUUCCUUAACACCUCACUAACAUCUCCACCAAGUUUCAUUAAAAAAAACAUUAUAGUUUGCCAGAAAUUCCAAGAUCGGCACUGUUCUAAACUCCAGCCAAAGAUUUUGCCUAAAUACCAUCCCAUCUGGUGUACUAUGUAUUUUUGGUGUCUGUUACAAUCCGCCGAAUAGGUUAGCAUCAUGAUGAAAAGUGAACCUUCUGAUCCAGUCAUUACUGUAACAUUGGAAUCUCCAGAUAUGGAAAUUCCAGUGGAAAAUCUUGACAUCACCUCUAGAAAUGCACCUAAAAGUAGUGGUUCUGUGGUGAGCGUUCCAAAGUCUUUCAGCCCCCAGAAUUUCUGGAUGGAGAUGCCCCAAAUGAUAGUUGUGGAGACCCGUUUUAUUACUCAGCAGAUAGCAACACAGAAUAAAAUUUACUCGGCGCAAACACUGCUUCAGAUAACUGAUCAACACAAUAGUAUAGAUAUUCGAAAGCCAUGUUUUCCUGCAUCUACGCAAACGACACCACCACCGCAACUAGUAGACGUAGGUUCUUUGGUGAAGCCAGACGUUGCUGAUGUUGUCGUAUCCACCGAUAGUCCUAAUCCCUGCCGAAAUCGCGCACAACAAACAUCGAAAUCUGCCAAUCAAACAACAACGAUAGGCAUUCAAUGCAAUUUAGAGGACGACAUGGCGUUUCCUGAUAUGUACUCGAAUAUUGAUACCACCGCGGAGACGGAUGAUAAGCAGGAGUUUUUAAAGUUUACCGAAGAGAAGGUUAUAUUUUACUUAAAUGGUAGAACAGAGUGUACGUUGUGUGGCGAAGUGGAAAUUAGUAUGAAACGAAUGCUUUCCCAUUUGGCGCUUCAUUGGGGACCGCCAGUUCUUUGUCACUUGUGUGGUUUGCAGUUUGAACAUCAAAUGCUAAUGGCAACCCAUGAUUGCGAAAUGAAAAAGCAGCGAAGUAAAAAACGUCGAAAAGUGUACCAACAGUGCCCCAUAUUCUGGUGCGGCUCUGUAAAGAACUCCAUGCCCGCGCUAAAUGUGCACAUACGCAAACAUUUAAGUACAAAAUAUAGACGUGCCUGUGUAACUUUUACACUUGAUCGUACGAUGGUACUGAAAAGGCCUUCCGUGGCGAAAACAAAUUCUUUACUUCGUUGCAAUAUAUGUUUGCAACGUUGCAAGAAUGCUUCGAAGUUUGCCAGGCAUCGAAAAAUAUGCAUACAAAACUUUAUGGGACGGCUGAAGGAGCAGAAAGUUGUUGAACCUUUACUAAUUUUAUGUAACGAGUGAAUGGCGGAAACAAUGCUAGCAAGCCAUUGAAUUUAAUGUACGAUUUUGUGUUUUUUUAGAAUUGCGAGUUAAGGGGGUAGUAUGGUUAAUUUGGUGUAAAACAAGCAUAUUUUUCGAAAUUUUUUUUGUCGACACAGUUGAUUUAUUCAAAAUUUUAAAAUUACUUCAUUAUAAAGUCAUAUUUAAAGAAUAUUGUGUGAAAUUUUCAUUGAUUUUUAUGAAGAAAUGAGUUGGUGGCAGCGAAUCUUCGCGGACGUCUCAUAAAAAAGUUUUAUUGCGGUGUCCCUCAGAACUCAUUACUGGAUCAACUAAAAUCAAAAAACCAAAUUGAUUUCAUCAGCUAAUAAAGUUUCGCAGGUAACAACGUCGAAUUUUUUUUUUUUUUUUUUUUUUUUAAAUUUUUUAAAGCGCUUUGAAGUCAAAACACCGAUUUUUCAUAAAAAAAACUUGAAAACUUUGUUGUUUUAAAAUAUGACAAAAUUAAAAAAACAAAAAAACUCGACGUCAUUACCUCGUGAAUAAAGUAAAGAAACAAAAAAACCAAAUUUGAAAAGAAUCGGUGCAGUAGAUAUGAAUCUACAGUGGACACCGACCGUAAAAAAGGCAAGUGUGAGAAAAACGCGUUUAAAGAUUUUCGGCAGCGUGAAAUCCGGUUGGAGAGGUAGAUACUUAAUCCUUUGUGUCUUUGUCAAUUUUACUCUAAUGCACUUCAAACUUUCACACAAUAAUCUUAAGAUGUUAUAGAAUAAUUUAAAAAAAAAAAAAUACCAUACUACACCUUUAAUGCGCCUGUUAAAAUGUCAGAUAUGACCAUGAUUCAAUUAUUAAAGGUUUGCUCACUAGUGGCAUUCGAUUUUU